AUGCCACGACAAAGGAUAAAAUGGACACAAGAAGAAUUAGAUGCAUUAGAAAAAGGAAUGAACGAACACGGGACUAAUUGGGAGACCAUAUUGUUAUUUUAUGGUCCACCUGGAGGCCCUUUAAAAAAUAGAAAUAGUUUACAACUUGGUAUAUUCGAAAAGGCUACUGGAUAA